AUGGGUGGCGAGUCCGACGCGCAGAGGGAGGCGCGACUGCAACAGCUAUGGAGCAAGCUAGACACCAAGAAGAAGGGCACCCUGGACUUCAAUGCGCUCAAGAAUGGCCUGGCCACGAUGAACCACCCGCUUAAGGAUGCGGAUGGCCUCAUCAAGGACAUGCUCUCUGCAUGCGACAUCGACCACGACGGCAAGAUCAGCUACGAUGAGUUCUGUCGCUUCUGCACGAGCACCGAGAAGGAGCUCUGGCAGCUGUUCAAAACGAUCGACAAGGAUCACAGUGGAGCGCUGGACCGCAACGAGCUGCAAUCCGCUUUCGAGCUGGCAGGAAUUGCAGUCUCAGGGCCGCGACUGGAUCGCUUCUUCAGCUACAUCGACAAGGACCACGACGGCACGAUCGACUUCAGCGAAUGGCGUGACUUUCUCCUCUUCAUUCCUGCCCACGCGCCAGGCCUCAAAGCCGUCCUCUCCUACUACCAAACGACCGCCAAGCUGACUUCGGAGGGUGAUGUGCACAUGAGCGAUGAAGCGCUCCAAGGUCUAGGUACGAUCCUCGCAUUCCUGAAAUCGUCCCUUUUCGGCGCCGUCACCCAGCUAGUCAAGCCCACCCAAUCGCACGCCGGAGAAAGUAAUACUUUGCCAAUAUCGAUGUGGGAGGAUAGCGAGAACAAGCUCCAACUUUCAAUACAAACAUACGACCAGGAGAUAAUAGCAGACGACCCGCACAUACCACUCAAGCCAGCUCGGCGGAAAGAGCUGGACCAGCAACAAGCAGCAGCAGAAGGACUGAUACUGGAUGCGACGACUGGGCAGUAUCGCGAGACAAAGCUGACGGAUUAUGUGCCUGAUGUAGGCUACUUCCUUGCUGGCGGUCUUAGUGGUAUCACUUCCCGAACAGCGACCGCUCCGCUCGAUAGAUUGAAGGUGUAUCUGAUAGCACAGACCGGCGCUGCGAAAGAGGAGGCUGUGCAGGCGGCGAACAGUGGACAUGCUGUUGUUGCUUUCAAACACGGCUUGACAACGUUAUGGGGCUCAUGUCGGGAGCUGUGGGCAGCGGGUGGCAUGAGGAGUCUUUUUGCUGGCAAUGGCUUGAAUGUGGUCAAAGUCAUGCCGGAAUCGUCGAUAAAGUUCGGCGCAUAUGAGGCCUCCAAACGCGCGAUCGCCAAACUCGAAGGCCACAAUGACCCCAAACGGAUCGCCGGCUCCUCUACCUUCGUAGCCGGCGGAGUGGCAGGCAUGAUAGCUCAAGCCUGCAUCUACCCACUCGACACCCUCAAAUUCCAAAUGCAAUGCAACACCGUUAAGGGCGGCGAGCACGGCACAAGACUGAUCUGGCACACCGCCAAGAAGAUGUGGGCGAGGAACGGCGUUGUCGCCUUCUACCGUGGUCUUCCCAUGGGCCUUGUGGGCAUGUUCCCAUACGCCGCGAUCGACCUGGCCACGUUUGAAGGGCUAAAGAAACGAAUCAUUGCACGAAAUCGUAAAAAGAACCCUCACAUCAAGCAUGACGAAGACGCAUUACCCAACAGCUUUUCCUUGGCUCUUAUGGGUGGCUUUAGUGGCGCUAUUGGUGCGAGUAUUGUCUAUCCGCUGAAUCUCCUGAGGACGAGACUACAGAGUCAGGGCACCGCGAGCCAUCCCAGGACUUACACGGGAAUCAUGGAUGUGACGCGGCAGACGAUUAAGGGAGAGGGUGUGAGAGGGCUGUUCAGGGGAUUGACGCCGAAUUUGCUGAAGGUGGUGCCCGCGGUCAGUAUUACGUAUGUGGUGUACGAAAAUACCAAGAAGGCGCUGCAUUUGCAGUAG